AUGUCAGAGGCUUGCGAGCAAAUGAGUUCUUUUCGAUGGGCUUUUCGUUGCGGAUCGUGGACGCCUGGCAGGACCGAAUGGUUGUUUGCCUCUCGCUGUGUUCAGCCAGAAGAGAAAGACCGAAUAGGAACGUUUGUGUUCGCUAAAGAUGCCAAAUCUGCCAUGGCAGGCAGGUUGCUGCUGAGGAAGUUCGUGUGUGAGGAAAUGCACAUUCCCUGGACCCAGAUCCACCUAGGACGAUCUCCUCGAGGGAAGCCUUACCUGGCAGCACCGCUUAAAGUCGACACAGAGGAGCCCCUGGCCUGGAGCUUCAACAUCUCCCAUCAGGGGGACUAUGCAGUGCUUGCAGCUGAGAAGAGGUUGCAAGUUGGGGUUGACAUCAUGAAGACAACCAUGCCUGGUAGCAGCACUGUGCCCGAGUUUUUCCGCAUCAUGACUCGCCAAUUCACACCGCACGAGUGGCGCGUCAUCCAGUCCGCCGGCUCUGAGCGGCAGCAGCUCGCCAUGUUCUACCGCCACUGGGCCCUGAAGGAAAGCUUCAUCAAGGCCAUUGGCACAGGGCUGGGCUUCAAUUUGCAAAGGCUUGAGUUUCAUCUCUCCUCCGAAGCUCUUACACAAGGCCGUGUGCUCCGCCAGACCAGAAUGCACCUGGAUGAAGAGGAUGAAGAGGACUGGCUAUUUGAAGAGUGUUUACUUGACGCCGAUCAUCAUGUUGCGGUAGCACUGAGUGCAAUGAAGAAGCUAAACUGUACAAAUCCUACCUCAUCUCUUCCUCCACCCACUGCUUUCACACUGCUGUCGUUCAAUGACCUCAUCGCGUCAGCUUCACCUCUGACAGAAGAAGACCCGGACUACUGGGAAAGCUUCAAAGUGAAACAGAAGCACCUUUUAGACAAAAGGGACUCACAACCAAAACAAAAUCCCUCAGCCAUUGUGGCUGACGAAUCCUGCGGCCUGCCCGAGACACAACAGGUUGAGCCACAGGUGAAGUUGGAAGGGAAACACUAUGCCCAGAAACAGGGGAACCUGAAGGAGAAUGGGGAGAUGGAGAAUUUAAAGGAGUAA